UGGUGGUGACGUCGACACUCCGUGGCGGUGACGUUUGGCGGUACUGAGGACUAUUUUGAAUCUUGGGUUGCAUUUUUCCCCAAAAAAUAUACACUCGUGCUUUUUUUAAAAAAAUGGAAAAUUGCUCGGACUUUAAGCAAGGAUAACAUUAAGCUGGUAUCAUGGACAUGAUGUUAGAGAGCGACCAGACGCUCCCCGUCGACAUCAACGGAAGCUGCAGACUGCCAGACUCCAUGGACGAUGGAGACUGUUCCCCUGACAGCAUGACAGCUCUAUCCUUCCCAGAUAAGAUGACCCCCAUAAAAUUACUCACCAUGAAGGACUACGAGAAUCAAAUUGCAGCUCUAAAGAAGGAGAACUUUAACCUUAAGCUGCGAAUAUAUUUCAUGGAGGAGCGCAUGCAGCAAAAGUGUGAUGACUCAACAGAAGACGUAUUCAAAACGAACAUUGAGCUGAAGGUGGAGUUGGAGUCCAUGAAGAGAGAUAUGUCAGAGAAACAGGAGCUGCUGGUGUCUGCAUCGAAAGCUCUGGAGAGUCUGGCCGUUCGAGACACGGGGGACUGCCAGCGUGUUGGGGAACGGGCUCGGAGAGACAUGGACGCUCUGCAACAAGCGCUCAACAAGAAGAUGGCUGACCUGGAGCAGGAUCUGCAUGCAGCAGAGGAGGAAGUGGAGAAGAUGGCUGCCAUCGCUGAGAAGGAGAAGCUGAGGAAUAUUGACCUGGAGAAGCAGCUAGUGGCCCUGGGUCUGUCUGAGGCCUUCACCCCGGUCCAUGAGCCUAACAAUGACCUACAGCAAGCCUUGCGGGAGAAAGAUGGCAUCAUAGAGAACCUCCGGAUUUCUUUAAGGGACAAGGAAGGUUUGAUAAAUCAGAAGACUAAUGCGGACCAGGGAGCAGAAACACCAGCACACGACCACAUCAAACAACUGACCAUCCUUGUCUGCGACAAAGAUCAACAACUCCAGGAGCUGAGGGAGCAGUUGGGAGGAGAAAGGGACAAGGCACAGAGGGAUUACAAGGUCAAGCAUGAUGUCAGCCAGUUGGAGUCCACCAAUAAGCUGCUGAAUAAUGAGCUUACUCAGAUCAAAAGCAGCAAUGAGCACUUGACCAAAACACUGGCCGAGGCCCAGAAUCAAAGCAAGGCACUUUCUGGAAAGUUGGAUGAGAAGGAGAAUGAUCUUUGCUCUGAGAGGAAAAACUCUCUGAAACGAGAUAAAACCAUCCAGGGUCUCUCUCAAGUCCUCAAAGAAAAAGAAAAGGAGAUCUUGGAGUUGUGUCAUGAGAUUGAGGACCGGGAUGAGGCUUUGGCAAAGGCACGAGAGACUGCACACAAAGCACAACUUCAAAAAUACCAGGGUGCAGAGGAGCACCAGAGUCUGCUAAUGGAGAAGCAGGCAGAGCUUGCUCACCUUCAAGGAGAGCACCACACCAAGGUGCUGGAAGCCCAAAAACUGCAGCGUGCCCUGGCCAGAAGGGAGCAGGAGCUGGCAGACAUGCAACAGGCCAAGGAGCAACUGGAGUUUGAGCUGGAGGACUUCCAACAGCAGAAGAAGAAAGGAGAUAAAGCUCUGAAUGUAAGGCAGAUACAAAAACAGCUGAAGAAGCUGAGUGGGGAGAUCGGGGACAGAGAGGGCGCUCUGGAGCAACACUACCAGGCUCUUCUGGAUGAGACCACCAGAAAGCUGCAGGUCCAUGAGGUCUCCAUUCAGCGCCUCACCUCCACUCUGGCAGACAAGGAGCAGCAGCUGCAGGAGUAUUUGAACAUGGUGAGAGAUUUUGAGCAGAGCAGAAGCCCCGGAGGAAGUGACGUCAUGCUUUCCAAGCUUCGAGACCGACUCAAAGAGAAGGAGAAGGCUCUUGAGAAGGCAUUGGACGAGAAGUUUGCAGCCAUUGAAGAGAAAGACAAUGAAAUACACCAACUGCAGUUGGCUUUAAGAGAAAAGGAGCGAGAUCUCGAGAGACUCAACAACUUGCUGACUCACAACAAUGAAACCAUUAAUAGUUUUGACAGUGUGAUCAAGGAGAAGGAUGUGGAGCUGCAGCACCUGGCCAACACACUGAACAACCUGCAGAGAGCCAAGCAGGACCUGGAGGACAACCUGAACAGAGCUCUGAGGGAGAAGGACUCCAUCAUCAGCCAGCUGCAGCUCUCGCUGCAGGGCAAGACCAACGACAUGGAGGAAAUGGCCCAAGCAAUGCUCAGCCAGUCCCAAAGUCAGGCCCACGACCUUGCCGAGAAAAUGGGCCAGCGGUUAAAGGUGACGGAGGCCAUGUUGGCAGAGGCCACUAAGGCCAGGGAGAACCUGGUGACGGACAAUGAGUCCGCAGUGGAAGGCUUGUUGGCCACCAUCGGCAGCAAGGACAAACUGUUGAAGGAGUCCUCUGAGCACUACAACCGCAUGCUGUCUGAGUACACACGGGAGAUCCAGGAGCUGAAGAGACAGCUGGUGGACGGGCAGCAGCAGCUCCGCGCCGCUGAGAAGCAGCGCUCCACUGCCACCCAGGACGGCCACCUGGAGGCUGCUGAGCUCAAGCUACUGUUGGUAGAGAAGAACAGCCUAAUCAAAGAGCUGAUGGAGCGCGGUCAGAACACAGAUGGGUUCCUGGCUGAGCCAAGGAUCAAGGAGGAGUCGGAUCAUGUGUUGGAACUCAAACACACUGUACAAAUCCUGAAGGAAAGGCUGAUCGAAAGGGAAGCCGAGCUAACCAAGAUGAAUGGUGAAGGACAUAUAGAGAACAUCACGGUCACCAGGAGGACCAUGGUCAUCCUGAAGAAGGAGCUGGCACAGCAAACGGAGGCACUGAACAAGGCCUUGAAGAGGGAGAAUGGACUGAAGAUUUCCCUGGCAGAGCUCCAGUCGACGUUGGCUGAGCUGGAGGCCCUCGUUCAGGGCCACCAAGCGAACGCAGAGUCCCUCACCAGCACUCUGGAGACCAAGGAUCAGAUCAUCGCCGAGCUCCACCAGCGUCUGGGUCAGCGUGGGGACAGACAGACGGGCAACGGCCAGGAACAUGGCCCUGCUACGGACACCGGUGCGGAGAGGUCGACGUCUAGCCUGCCUCAGAGGGAGAGGACCAUCAUUGGAGGAGACAGCCAGCAAAAGGAUUUGCCCAGCUUGUCCUCCGUACACGAUGAGCACGCGGCCCUGACCCGGGCCCUGAAGACGGAGCAGCAGCUCUUCUCCAGCCUCAUCCGAACCGUCAAGGAGCAGGACAGCUCCCAGCGUCUGCAUGCGCUGCAGCUGGAGCUGACCGCUGUGCAGCUCCUCCGGCAGCAGCUGGAGGAGGGCAUCCGGACCAACGAGGGGCUGAGGGACCAGCUGGAGGGAGAGCUGCUCCAGGCUCAGCUGCGAGAAGGUGUUGAUCCCCAGGAGCUGCAGAGCAUGAGGCACCAGCUGGAGGACGCCCAGCGCUGGAACGCCUCCCUGCAGGCCCGCCUCGGAGCCAUCCAGAACCGUGCCGCCGGGGUGGGCGGAGCCAAUGACACCGGGGACAGCUUGACCUUCCUCGGGGACCAGACCUCCUACAUGAGCAUCUGUGUUGGAGACAGACUGGAGGAGAGUCUGUCUCAGCUCUCUGCAUCGGAGCUCAGACAGAAGGUGGUGGUCCUGCAGGAGUGUGUGAGUGGCCUGCAGAGUGUUAACAUAGACCUGCAGCAGAAGGCCUUGCUGCUGGAGUGGAAAGAAGACAAGGAGAACCUCAGCCACGGCAACACUAGCCCAAGGACUCAGCUGCUAGCGGCGGGCCUGGCCGGCCAGCGACGGGGCGGCGACGGGACCCUGCGCCCCGGUCCAGGUCAACGGAGCCCAAUGGAGGUCCUGCCGCCGCAGACGGGGUCCCAAAGCCAUUGUGACCAUGACGACAGAAGCUCGUUCAGCACGGGAGAGCAUCAGAUCAGCUCCGGCGACGAGCCUUUGGAGCAGCAGGAACACAACAUGGAAGAGAUGGCGCUCCAGGGAACCACCUCACAACUCAGGGAUGAGCUCCUGCGACUUGGAUCAGAGAACAGAGAACUGCGCUGUCUCCUCCGUGAGGAGGUGUUGAAGGAGUCUGAAUGGAAGGUCAGAUCAGAGGACGUGUGCGAUGGACCAGCAGGCCUCCAUCAGACCGUACUGAGACUGAGAGACGAGGCCACGGGGCACCUCAAAGUCAUCGGCUCGUUGAAGGAGCAGCUGGAGAGGAAAGCUGCGGAGGUGUCUGAUUGGGAGAGGAGAAACGGGUCCCUGGAGGGUCCACCGAGCACCCAGCUGUUACACCACACGCCUGCCAGGCAGCGCCUCUCACAUAAGGCUGGUGUCAGGUCUCGCCUCCCUGUGCCAGUGAGACUGAUAUCAGAACCAGGCAGCACCUUCUGGGUGGCCAACCAACCCCAAACUUUGCACCAACACACAGACACCGUUGAGCCUCUGCGAGAUAUACACCUGAAUCACAUCUCUGAGUCGGACCAGCUCCUCUCCGAGGGCUUGGAGUACCCCCUGUCCCUAGAGCGCAGCACCACUCCCGGGUCCAACUUCGACGAGUACAUCCAUCGUAGCAGCUGCAGCCAAACAGUCUCCGAUGAUAACCCAGAGGACGGAGAGGCCCUCCUGGAUGAUGCCCGGGCUGACUCCUGCGCCUUGCUGGCCCAGCUGGAGCUGCUCCACCAGGAGUGCCAGGAGAAGGAGAGCCUCAUUGACGGGCUGGAAGACAAGCUGGCCGAGUGGGAGGAGAUCCACGCCCAGCUGCAUGAGAAGGACUGCCUGAACCGCCAGUACGCCGAGGCCUUGCAGGCUGCUGAAUCCACCAUCGCUUACCUCACCGCUUGCAACCUGGACAGCCACAGCGGCCUCGGCCUGGGCCAGCUCGAGCGCUCUUGUGCCGUCUCGGCGGGCUCAGAUGGCAGCGCCCUGCAGAAGGCAAACGUGGAGCUCAACAAGACCCUGCAAGAGAAGGAAAGGCUCAACGCCCACCUGGUGGAGUUCCUCAACAUGACCGGCAGGGACAUUGCCACAAUACAAGCAUCUUUGACCUCUCCCACAGCCGCAGCCUCUCUGGAGCUGUGUUCCAGGUUGGUGAGCGCCCUGCAGCAGAUGAACGCAUCUCUAGCGGCUCACAACCUAAGAGGCACUGUCGAUGUGCCCUGGGGUUCUGACCGCGGUCAGGAGCAAAGUAUGGACCGGCUUCAACAAGGGAGCUGGGAACUGAACCGACUGGAUACCGAGUGUGAAGUAGGAACUCCUUCUGAGGCCAGCGGUGUACUUCCUGUUCUCAACCACACUGGCACUCAGCACAAGGACUACUUGAUUAGGCAAAAUGCAGGAGAGUGUGUGAACAAAGGCAGGUCCAGAGAUGUAGAAGGCACAUCGGGCUGCUCUGAAGGCAGUUUAACGAACGGAGAGAUCACGAAGUGUCUGUCAGACUGUCUGGCUGCAGCAGAGUCAGCCAUCGCCUCUUUGGCAGCACACUGCACCAACACUCAGAGCUUGUCUUCUGGAACAUCCGCCCAGAUCAGUCCUGACCUUCAACACCACCUGCAAAGGCUUCAGAUCUCUCUACAGGAGCUGGGCGAUCUGGAGGACCAAGGCCAGGUGGAGGCGGCCAAGAAACCCUCCCAUAGGCACGGCUCGGCUGCUUCUGCUGGCAGGAAGUCACAACCUUCUUCCCAGGAGCUCCAUCGCAAUAUCCACCUCCUGUACCAGGCAUUCUGCGAUCACUCCCAGAGGAUCUCUAACCUUCAGGCCAGCCUGCAGGAGGAGAGGAGGCUCCGAGGGGAGAGUCAGACCCAAGCACCAGCAGUGGAUUGCCUGAGUUCAGAAGGAAUACCAGGCAAUGUUCAGGCCCAGCUUCAGGGUCUUCAAAAGGCUGUGAAGGACAAGGAGAAGACGUGCAAGAUCCUUGAGGAGAAACUGGCCUCCUCCCUAAAGCCGGUUAUCAUCCACAACCUGCCCUGUGACCCUGCUAAGAAAACGCCACCUCUGGAGCAGGACGACAAGUGCGUGCAGGUGGAUUUGCAGGACCUGGGUUACGAAACCAGUGGCAAGAGUGAGAACGAUAGGGAAGAGAGCAGUAGCACAGAUCUGAAGGGUUGCUUGCAGCCCGGGGACAGCGCCUGCAGCCUGCCGUCCCUGCUGAAGGAGGUGCAAGGCUCCUUCUCCUCCGCUGAGUACCUGGACUCCACAUCCACCUCCUACCCCAGCUCCCCUGCUCUGAGCUCCAACAAGGUGAGUCUAAAGAGCCUGCAGGCCUUCGAGGACUACGGCGUGUCUGAGGAUCCUGUUGAGCUCAAGGCACAGGUCAUGGAGCUGAGGCUUCAGCUGGAGAACCAGACCCGGGUCGCUCAGCAGAUGCAGAGCCUACUGGGUCGCCACAUCUUCCCCAGCAACCUGGUGUCCACGCCGGUGGACACCUCCAGGGAUCAACAUGCUUGGCCCGGCGUGGUGUAUGGACGCAGCCAGGAGAGGAGUCACUCUGCAGCGGAGCUGAAGGAAGGCCGGGACAGAGAGGGCCAGAGGAUGAGGGAGGAGAUCGGUGUGCUGAAGCAGGAGCUGGAGAGGGAGAGGAGUCUGAACAGGAACAUGAGUGAACAGCUGCAGCAGGUGCAGCAGCGCAGUCGCUCUGCCUCGCCCGCAAGGCUGGACUCCCUGGUGCAGUCUCAGGCCAGGGAGCUGUCCGCGCUCAGGCAGCAGAUCAAGGAGCGCCGUGGCCUGGGGCUGUCCCACCGCAGGCAGCUGGAGGAGCUGAGCCGGGCCUUCCAGGAGCUGCUGCAGGCCAGCGACGUGGAUCUGUUCCGGGGAGACAUCCUCCGAGGGCAGCUGGACAAGAGUAUGGGCAUUCUGGAGAGACUGGAGGGGUGGCUUGACAGAGGAGACGGCCAACAGGACAAUAAGGAUGCUCUGGAGCUGGCCCAACGGUUGUCCAGGGAGCUGCAGGAGAAGAACCAGCAGGUGCAGAGCCUCCAGAGCCAGCUGAGAGGUCCCAGCGGGGCCUCCUCCUGCUGCUCCAGCUCCUCGGAGCGGAGCCCGUCCUACGUGGUGUCGGGGUCGGGACGCGGUAGCCCCACCGCACAGAGUCCCACCGCCCGCAGCCCCUCAACCCACAGCGGAGCCCUGGCGCCUCACGGCCACACAGACGGGGGCGGCGCCAAAGCCGGGGGAGGCGUGGACCGGAGCCCCGGGGACCAGAGCCCCGGGGACCGUCACCAUAGCAGCAGGACACGGGGAGCCCGGCUGUGGAGGGAGAACGGCGGGCUGCAGGAGCAGCUGAGGGGCAGCCAGGAGCUCAACGCCACGCUGCGCAGCGAGCUGGAGCUCCAGCGCUCCGUCCAGGCCCAGCAGGGCCCCCGCCACCCAGAGCCCCGGGACUCCCCGGACGGGCCCGGGUCACCACCUCAGGCCGACUCGGAUGGAAGAGAGGCUGAGGCACGGGCUGAGGCACGGGCAGCCGCGCGUCAGGACGGAGGGCCGCGGGCUGGGGCCAUGACCACAGACCUGCUGGCCGAACACCUGCAGGAGAUCCGGGCCCUGCGGCGGCGGCUGGAGGAGAGCAUCCAGACCAACGAGCGCCUCCGAGAGCAGCUGGAGAGGAGGCUGGCUGAGGUGGAGAGGGACCCAGCGACCAACAUCUUCAUCCAAGGCAGCGAGGAGCAGGGCCAGAUGGCCAGCGAGGUGCGCUUCCUCUGGGAGCAGAACCGCAGCCUGAAGGAGCAGCUGGCCCAGGGCUCCAGAGACAAGCAGAAGGAGAACGAGGCGCUGCGGGAGACGCUGGCCCGCCGCACGGCCCGGCUGGAGCAGAGCCGGGCGGAGCUGGAGGCCCUGAGGCAGGAGAGGGCCCGGCUGACGCCCAGCGCCCAGGAGAACCAGACGCUGAGCGACGCCCUGCAGCGCAGCAGGGACGAGCUCCACAGGCUGCAGAGCGACGUGAACCUCCAGAGGCAGCAGCUGUCGGACUCCCAGCAUCUGCUGCAAUCGCUGCGCGUGGAGCUGCAGGUCUGUGAGCGCAUCAAGACGGACGCCCCCAGUGCAGCAGAGGGCCAGGGGUCCCCGCGGCCCCCCGGGCCCCUGGACCUGUCGGAGCUGCUGGCGGAGGUCCGCCGCCUGCGGCUGCAGCUGGAGACGAGCAUCCAGACCAACACGGCGCUGCGGCAGAGGCUGGAGGAGCAGCUGCUGAGGGGCCGCCACGCCGACACCAUCAACAUCAACUACCUGCUGCCCGCCUCAGAUGAGGGAGGGCGAUCCCCUGGACAGGAGAACCGGGACCCUGCUCACCGCGCCUCUCACAGCCCUGUUCUCCGAGAGACGAGGAGGCGGGAGGAUAACAGCUCCCAGCAGCUGAGCAGCAGCAGCUCCGAGAGCGGGGCCCCGGGCCCCCCGUCCCGCCUGGUGCCGGGCCACCGGCUGUGGGCCAGCCGCCACGGGCCCCACGUCCUGGGGCUGAUCCAGGACCACCACGCCCUGCGCAAGCAGAUCUCUGAGGGCCGGCGCCUCACACAGCACAUGGACGCCCAGCUGCAGGAGGGGCGCCCCCACCUCCGGAGUCUUUCCAGCAGCGUGGGCACCAUGCAGCAGGUCCUAGAGGAGGCCAGCAGGUUGCUGCACCUGGUCUGGAGGGUCUCUCUGCCCACUGGGGGCCACACAGCCGGGGAGCACGGCUCCAACCAGCAGGAGGAGCUGCUGCGGAGCGAGGUGUCCCGGCUGAGGAGCAGGCUGAGCCAGCAGGAGCGCCUGCUGAGCGGGGCGGUGAAGCGUCUGCGCACCACCAACCAGCUGAAGGAGGGCAUGGAGAAGGUCAUCAUCGACCAGUUGUCAGUAACACAUGGAGUAUUGAAGAAGGCCAGAGGGAAUCUGGAGACAAAUAACUGUACCCUCUUUGGCCUGAAGGGCCUCUCUGGAGGCCCAGAGGAGGAGGUUCCCAUCAACGGCCAGUAGAGGGGCUUCCUCUCUGCCAGUUCCUCCUACUGGCUGCACCGCCUUGUUUUGGAUAUGGAUCCUGUCCUGCUGUUAAACUACCUGUAACUUGCUCCACUUUUCUGUGAUUGCACAUGUUUUUGAAAGUUAAAUGUAAAGGCUUCUGUAAAUAUUUAUCAAAGCUAUUUUUUAUGAAUGAUUUUACAAUGGGAAGAUUUGUAUUCUUGACAGGCUGGUACAUAUUAGUAUUGUGUGCAUUUGAUGAUGGAAACUAAUUAUGUGAGUAAACAUGUUUCCCUAAA